AUGGCAUCAAGUAUCUCAAAUCACGAGAACUCAUGGGCUGAUCAGUGGGACUACACCAACCCAGACCCCUUGCCUGUUUCUGAGACCAAGAACAGCUCCGGCGCAAAGGCGAAAUAUGCCAAGAAAGUUGAAGAAGGGCUUGGAAAAACAAAAGAAGUGGCAUCAAAUGGCAUGAACAAAGUGAAGUCAGGAGCUCAAUCGGGUUUCCACUGGAUCAAAGACAAGUACCAAAAGACAACCGGAAAGCAGUAG